GCAUAAGCAUGCCUGCAUUGUCCCACGUGCUUGCCCCAAGGCAUCUCAAUCUCUGCGAUUUCUGGCGGCGAUUCAGUAGAAGAUCGUGUUAUAAUCCACUGUCCUAGAGGGCCAUUCCACUCGAUGAGCUGCUGAUCAAUUCCAAAUUCGCACGUGUGCGCCACUUCAGCUUCGUUCAAUAAGCCUGCAUGCAGGACGGAAUAGCUCCCACUUCUGCAGCUUACUUUUAAGGUUGAUUUUUACUCUGAGCGGUUUUCUUCCUCUUUGCCUGUUUUUGAUCGUGUGAGCGGAAAAGCAGGAAAACAAGGGUUUGGGAUCUUCUGUAUGUGCCAUCUCAGCCUCGCACUUAAUCGGCCUCAACCCUAGUACAAGCCCAGCCCGGGAUCUAUUUUUUUUUUCCCCUCAGCUCAGCCAUCACCAUCAAAUCUUACCAUGUCUCUCACAACACACACACAAACCAUGGCAGAGAAGCCAAAAAGCGACAGCAGUGACACCAAAGACGCGCUUGACGGCGUGCUGCCGCUCUCAUAUAGAGUGGUCACGCGAGACCGCGAGAAACAAGACGCGCUGCACCUGGUGGCGGAUAGCAUUGCGCAGCAACGUCAAGCUGCCUCUGCCGCCAUAAUCUUCAACCCACUCUGCCUCGCAGGUUUAUUAGCCACGUGCGCCGGCGUAUAUCGCCAAUACCUGUAUGCCGGCUACGGUACCGUGUUGACGAUGCUUUGCGGCGUCGUCAUCGUGUACCUGUCUUUCGUGCGAUAUUAUACAUCGAGGUACCUUGAGCUGGCGGAGAAAUUUCGUUGGAAGGACUGGAUCACCGGCCCCAAUGGCAAGGAAGAUGUUAUCAUUACUGCCGUCUUUGGCGACGAGAUAAUCGGUACCCUUGUUCUCAGACUGAAGGGAGAUAAGUUGAACAAGAAGAAGGGUACUGCGCAGGCUGGCUCAGAUGGCCAAGGCAUCAUCCGCGCCUGGACCACGAAGCUGCGAUACCGAGGAAAGGGAGUUGGCUCAGAUCUGCUGCACUUUGCAGUCCAGACCACAUACCGCGAGUUUGGCUCGAGCGCCAGCGUAGAGUUUGCUGCAGAUCAUGCAAACAGCGUCAAUCCUCUUCCUGAUAUGUUUCUCCGACCAUUCAAGAAGCGCCAAGAAAAAGCAGGCAAGGCGCUGAAGCAAGCUUUGAAGGAUCAAGGGAACCCGAAAUAAUCCCUAGCACUUGGAUAUAGAUACACACUCAUUCUGUAAUAUAAAAUAUAUAAUAAUAAUGGCAAUGAACAUUACGC